GGUGAACACAGGGCGCAGGGUGAUAACCGUUCAGGUCGAAGUCCAUUAUGACAGCCGGGGGGAGACCAGGGUACAGCUCGGCCCGGCUCAGACGCAGCCCGCUCAGGAAGCCCAGCACCAGCAGGACGGUGCCGUAGACAGCCAGGAACGGGGCGGACAUCAUGGCGUAGCGGCGCCGGUCUCGCAUCAUCCAAAUUACACAGGACCACACCAGCAGGGCGAAAGUCAGCCAGUUGUUACGUCCAAAGAUGACCAAGCCACUCGGGCCUGAGGGGGGAGGCGAAGUCUCUGUUAGAGUCUUCAGGUCAUCUUCACACUUUCCCCCCAUUUCUCCCUCACUUUCUGUCUCUAGCACAAGGAAGGGAAUGAGUUAAGGAUGCAAUGAAAGAUAUUUGCAAGACUAAUGUAUUGCUGAGGUUCUGAGGACAACCACACAUGUAGUCAAUCUAUACAAAUUAAUGAAAGCAGUUGUUGCUGAGGUCAUGUAUUUAGAGAUUUGAGUGUGAUGAUUACCAUGUGAUGGAGAGUCUUCGCCUUCAUACUGUGGUGGAGGGUAACAGUUUGUGUACCCUGCACCUCCUAACAGAGAUCCCAGUUGAUUUCUAUGGACAUCUUGCCAGGAACUCCCCGCUAUUAAAAUCAUUGGCUAAGGGAAGAGCACAUCAUAACUGUAAAUUUAGACGAGAAUUCAAAUGGCUCACCUUAUUGUGAGUCAAAAACAUGAUUAAUCUUGAAGAGAUGUAUCAAUAAAACAACUUACCUCGUCAGGUAGAUAGGUGUCAUCAUCCGUGCUGCUCAGAAGCUGAUAAUUCAGAGAAUCUUGGGUUGGUUAUGAAUAAUUGUAGGAUGCUAAUUUUGAAAUGCUAAUUUGUAGACUAGAGGUGAAUAGCAGUAAAACCAUGAGUAUGUACAGAUAUGUAGCUGAUAUUAUUAUCCAGUACACCUAACAAUGAGCAAAACAGUAGAAUACUGAAACAAUAUUCCAGUGACCCAACAAUACAAUUAAGGAGAAACAUAUCCAUGUUUGUUGGUUACCUCCUGCUUAUCUCCUGAGAUGUAGAUGACCCUGGAGAAACUUGGAGGAGCCUCUGGACUUUCUACUGGACUCUCACACUCCUCCUCAUCAUCAUCAACAACAGUAUCCUGAGAAACACAACAGCUAUUCAAAGCCUGCCACACAUCUUCUGGUGGUACAAGCUGCUGGGACAGAGGCAGCUGGUAGAGGUACAGAGCCAGCAGGUGUCCUCCGCUGAAGAUGGCCAUCAUCACACACAGGGAGCUGAAGAGCAACAGGCUGAUGGAGCGGCUGAACACCCACCACCACACCAGCCCGAGAAACACUCCAAAAUACACACCUGAGUGACCAGGCUUGGGUUUGGCAGCAGCGGCAAGGUGAGCAAAAACAGGAAAUACGCCACUGACAGACCAUUGUAGCGGAACAAAGAGGCUGAGGAGCUGGAGAGUCAGGAAAGAGCACCAUAGUGAAACAGAUGAGGAUCCUACAUGUCAACGGCUUCAAUGCAGAAGAGAAGAAGCAGAAAAUUCAGGACAUCAAGAAUAAUAUUAAAGAGGCUAUUGAGACCAUAGUAACAGCUAUGAGCACCCUGGCACCACCGGUGCAGUUGGCGUGCCCACAGAACCAGUACAGGAUCGAGUACAUCCUCAACCUCGUCAACCAGAAGGACUUUGAGUUUCCGUCUGAGUUUUACGACCAUGCAAAGACACUGUGGCAGGAUGAGGGCGUCAGGGCGUGCUACGAUAGAUCCAACGAGUACCAGCUAAUCGACUGUGCACAAUACUUUCUAGACAAGAUCGACAUUGUGAAACAGAGUGACUACACUCCAACAGAUCAGGAUUUGCUGCGGUGCAGAGUUCUGACUUCAGGAAUCUUUGAGACAAGAUUUCAAGUGGACAAAGUUAAUUUCCAUAUGUUUGAUGUUGGUGGUCAAAGAGACGAACGCCGUAAAUGGAUUCAGUGCUUUAACGAUGUAACGGCCAUCAUCUUCGUGGUGGCCAGUAGCAGUUACAACAUGGUGAUCAGAGAGGACAAUCAGACCAACCGUUUACAGGAGGCCCUCAACCUCUUCAAGAACAUCUGGAACAACAGGUGGCUGCGGACCAUUUCUGUCAUCUUGUUCCUAAAUAAACAGGACCUGCUAGCAGAGAAGGUGCUGGCAGGGAAGUCCAAAAUCGAGGAAUACUUUCCUGAAUUUGCUCGCUACACCACACCUGACGAUGCGACACCAGAGCCUGGAGAAGAUCCCCGUGUUACAAGGGCAAAGUACUUUAUAAGAGAUGAAUUCCUGAGGAUCAGCACAGCAAGCGGGGACGGGAGACAUUACUGCUACCCCCACUUCACCUGCGCCGUCGACACGGAAAACAUCCGCCGUGUAUUCAACGACUGUCGAGACAUCAUCCAGCGGAUGCACCUGCGGCAGUACGAGCUGUUGUGAUGGGAGAGAAAAAAAAGUGUGCGGCCAAAAACACAUCGGACUAUGAAAAACCCUGAACCCUGCGUCUCGGAACUCCCCUCUUCCACAGAACUGUGUGAGCUCUUGUAAAGGAAUGGGGGCCAAAACACACACACACACACACACACACACACAGAGUUACAGACACACCCUGAACCCAGAACUUCCCUGAUGCAAACUCCCGACCUGCAGUAGACAGCUAUUUUUAUGGAAGGGUUUUAGGGGUUAACACAUACACAGACUCGGAUCUUCACCUUCAGCCAUACUCCCAGCUUCACACAUCUCAACAUCAUAUAUCGUCCCCAUACACGUUACCCUCACCUUUCUAGAAACCCAGAGUGGCCCAGUCUGGAGUGCGUUUCCUGCAGUGAGGAGAGUUUGAGAGCCGCGGUUGAGAUUGUGAGAUUUUCCUCUCAUUGAGGUCAGAAUGAAGACUGAGCGAGCUACUACGUCAGUGCAACUGGGAAAGCAAUGACUGUUGAAUUACUGCAAAUAGAGAAUAAACAUGUCACAACAGCUAAACACUGUAUCUAACAAAAAAAAGAAGCAGCACUGUGCUCAGGACUUGACUCAAUCCAUGUACACCAAUCCUUCCUAUCACUUACACACAUCCAUAAAUCCAACUACAGGAUCUGCUUGCACACAGAAACGUAUCACACAUGCUUUUUACUGGACUGCACAACCGGCUUGGAUACGGAAACGUACUGAUCUGCCGACGAGUGGCAGGCUGGUUGAGCUGUCGGCGGAUUUUUUUUCCAGCACAGUGCUUUGAGAUUGAACUAAGUGACUGCGCAGACGAGGAGCAGCGUUACCACAGACUAAACAGACCAGGGGUGUGAUCAGUUGGGUCCGCAGUGCGGGGGUUGGGGUUCACCUAAACAGGACAGAGCUGACUCCGAUGUGAAUUUCUCUGAUGGAGUCUAGAUAAGUUUGCCAAAGACAACGGCAGUCCCUCGACUUCUCCACAGAACUGUUAUGCCACUGGACUUUGCCUUGUUGGUAGUGGAGCAAAACACGAGGAGGAUACAUUGAGUUUAAAACAAAAAGAAACACACAAAAAAGCCAACUUUUAUGGAACUUAACUAACAGAGGGCAAAAAGCAUCCUUCUACAGUACAGUACCAUAUAAGUUAAAGAGAACUCUCAUCUUGUCAUGAUUGACCCUGUUUUACUGUGUAGACUUUUGUGCCAUUGUGCCCUGUAUGCUCUUUCUUUAUCUUUACUCUCUCUGUCUCGGUCAUUCUCUCCUUUUUUCACACCUGUUCUUUCUCAUAGGACAAUUUUACUCUCCAUCACUCUCCAUCUUGACAGUUCUCCCUCACAUUUUCUCCUUCACUGCAACUCCUCGUCCCCACCACCACUACUACUACCACCACCUUCCCAUCUGCACUUCUACCUUCCUGGUUGUGCUCUUUUGGUUUAAGAGAAAAUAAAAUAGAAUAAUCCUGAAAUGUAAAAAAAAAAAAAAA